UAUAUAGUCGCAGAGCUUUCAGCUUCCUUCAACUGAACAACUAAACGCUGAGAUGGAAGACGACAUGGGAUGUGACGGAUUCUUCUGAAAUUGAGUCCCCUUCAUCAGUCGUCGCCAUUUCAAAUUAUUCUGCUCCGCCAGCCCCACAGAUGUUUUGCUAUUAGAUCUCUCUCUCGCUGAUCCUUGAUACUUUUCGUGGAAAACUAGACCUCGGAUAGCAGAUUUUCGAAGUAAAAUUUUACAUGUCAGACGCUUUGAUCAAUGGACUCGCCGGAGCUGGCGGCGGGAUCAUCGCUCAGCUCAUCACUUAUCCUCUUCAAACUGUAAAUACUAGGCAGCAAACGGAGCGUGAUCCGAAGAAGGAGAAGAGGAAGCUUAGUACAAUAGAGCAAAUGUGUCAGGUUGUAAAGCACGAAGGAUGGGAACGGUUGUAUGGGGGACUAAUGCCAUCUCUUGUAGGAACAGCUGCAUCUCAGGGUGUUUACUAUUAUUUCUAUCAAAUAUUCAGGGACAAAGCUGAAGCUAUUGCACUUGAACGUAAGAUAAAAGGAUUUGGUGAUGGAACAGUUGGAAUGUUCUCAUCACUUGUUGUAGCUGCCUUGUCGGGCUGUGUAAAUGUGCUGUUGACAAACCCCAUUUGGGUAGUUGUGACAAGGAUGCAGACUCAUAGAAAAGUGUCAAAGAAAUCCCAGCCAAGUCACUCAUUGUUGGUUGCUACAGACAAAACUAUUCUAGAUGCCAUUGAGCCUUCUCCAUAUGGAACUAACCAUGCGAUUCAAGAGGUCUAUGGCGAAGCUGGAGUUUGGGGCUUCUGGAAAGGUGUACUCCCAACGUUGAUCAUGGUAAGCAAUCCUUCUAUACAAUUUAUGCUCUAUGAAACCAUGUUGAAGAAGCUCAAGAAACAAAGGUCCUUGAAUAAGAAGGGCAGCAAUGGGGUUACUGCUUGGGAGGUGUGCUUUUUCUUUUAUUCCCCAAGAAGUCUUCAGCUCCCAACUUUCUAUCAGUUUUCUAUUCUUGAAGCUCCUUUUCCAAAUAUUACACAGCACCAUAAAAUCUUUUUCGGUUAUUUUGAUAACUACAUUGCCAUAUUCUGCCAGAUAUUUCUUCUUGGAGCUUUGGCAAAGCUUGGAGCUACUGUUGUAACAUAUCCUCUUCUUGUUGUAAAGUCGAGGCUUCAAGCAAAGCAGCUGAAAACUGGUGACAAAAGGCACCACUAUGAAGGAACUCUGGAUGCUAUCCUCAAAAUGAUUCGGUAUGAAGGGUUCUACGGCUUUUACAAAGGUAUGAGCACAAAAAUAGCACAAAGUGUUCUUGCAGCUGCUGUUUUGUUCAUGGUUAAGGAAGAACUUGUCAGGGGUGCUCGCUUGUUGCUCACUAAGGGAGGCACUAAUGCCAGAUUAAAGCCUUCCUGAUCUUUUGAUUAUUCCUCGGAAGUUGCUUAGUCAAGUUUAUUUUAAAAUUAAUGCCAGCAUUUAGGGCAUGUUCCCAAAAAAAAAAAGGGAUGUUUUAGGAUUUGCACGGAGGAUUAUUUUACGAGUAUACCAAGUUAUCCUAUUGAAGGCUAUUUACAUAAUGUUUAUGGUAAACCACAGGCACAACGUCUGUUAACUGUUGUGAAACAGAAAAAAAAUUCUGGUUCAAUAAGAACUGAUACAUCUGUAGAACACUGUAAAGAGGAUUAGUAUUUUAAAGUUGAAGCUUCUUCUUGUACCCUUC